UCACAUCACAAGAGGGCGUGCUCUAUGAGUCUCGGGAAAAUGGCCGCGCCCAUGACACUGCACACACCUCACAACUUCUGUUUUGAUUUCCUGUGUAUUGAUCCCCAUAUGUCGGCAUCUGUGAUAUUAUUACGAACAAGAUGAAGCAUAGAAUAUGCAUGGUGUCUGAUUUCUUCUUCCCGAACACUGGCGGAGUUGAGAGUCACAUCUUCCAGUUGUCUCAGUGCCUGCUCCAAAGAGGUCAUAAAGUUGUUGUCGUUACCCAUUCCUACGGUGAUCGUGUCGGAGUACGCUACAUGACCAAUAAUCUAAAGGUGUACUACGUACCCUUUGUUGUCUUCUACAAUGGGUGCGUGUUUCCCACGGUGUUUGGAACCAUGGCGUUGAUCCGCUAUAUACUCAUCAGAGAGCAGAUUACCAUUGUCCAUGGCCAUUCAGCCUUUUCCACCAUGGCCCAUGAAGCCUUGAUUCACGCCCGAGCCAUGGACUUGAAGACGGUCUUCACUGAUCAUUCCCUCUUUGGCUUUGCCGACAUCAGCUCCAUUCUCACCAAUAAACUCCUCAGCUUCACGCUAGCAGAUAUCAACCACGUCAUAUGUGUCUCCCACACAAGUAAGGAGAACACAGUGCUGAGGGCCUGCCUACAGCCAGACAUUGUGUCCGUCAUACCCAAUGCAGUAGACUCCACAAUCUUCAUGCCUGAUCUCACGAGGAGAAACCCAAACAGAAUCGCUAUUGUGGUCGUCAGUCGUCUCGUGUACCGAAAAGGAAUGGACCUUCUAGCUGGAGUCAUUCCUGUCAUCUGCCAGCGACACAGUGAUGUGGAUUUUCUUAUAGGCGGUGAUGGACCAAAGAGGAUAGAUAUUGAGGAGGUGAGAGAGAAUUAUCAGCUGCAAGAUCGAGUCAGGAUGCUGGGGGCUCUGCCACAUGGCAAUGUCAAAGAGGUAUUAAAUGAAGGGGACAUAUUUCUGAAUACAUCCCUGACUGAGGCCUUCUGUAUAGCCAUUGUUGAAGCUGCAUGCUGUGGUUUACAGGUGGUUAGUACAAGGGUAGGAGGAGUUCCAGAGGUCUUGCCUGAGAGAUUUAUUCUCCUUGCUGAGCCUAGUGUCAAGUCUUUAGUAGAAGCCUUAGAAGUUGCCAUUGCCCGGCAGAGGGAGGGAAGCCAAGUACCGGCACAGCAGGUUUAUGAUACAAUGAAAGGGAUCUAUACCUGGGAGAAUGUGGCCAAGAGAACAGAAAAGAUCUACGAUGGCAUCAUGGAGAUGCCAGUCUUGUCCUUGGCUGAGCGACUAGAACGCUACAACAAGCUGGGAUUCAUCGCCGGUAAAUUCUUCAUCAUCGUCGCUGUGGUGGACCUCCUACUGUACUGGUUCUUUGAAUGGUGGGUUCCAAGAAAGAAUAUUGACAUCAUACCUGAUUCCUUCCCACCACAAUCCACUGGUACAAGUACACAACACAUGCACAUACUACAGAAUUCAGCAGGCACCAAAGAUGCAGCAGACACUUGCAAGUCUGAGUCAAGAGAGGGCGCCCUUUAUACAAGAAGAUUGAGACCGAGAGUUGGGAGAAAGGGAGAUAGGUAGCAUAUGGGGACAUGCCAUUUUUCAAAAGUUGGCUUCAGCUCUGGCUGUUGGAGGAUCUAAACUAUUUGUAUUUCUCCAAACCAAAGUUUUUUUCAGCAUUGCUUGUACUUAUUUAUCCUUCAAAAACUGUGAAGCCUUUAUAAUUGAUGCCAUAGCAAUUUUUUACCGAUUUAAACUUUUUUUUUUAAGUUUUCAAAAUUGUUUUGAAGACAUGUGCCCAGGGCUGAAGCCAGUGUUUGAGACAUUGCCACAAGACAUUGCUCAUGCUGCAGUCAUUUUGGUCUGGUUUCAGACCAUCAUUGCCAAAGUGCUUUUGUAUAGAUCUUUGUCACCAGCCUUUAUAUCCUCCAAAUUUUAUAUACUUUCAAAACUGGUGCUUUACUUCAGAGUUGUACAUAUUGUUCAGUUAAUAGAAUCUUUGGAAUGGUUUUUUUUACCAUUUUGUAGGGAGUAUUUCGAGUCAAAGGGAACAUUCUUUUCAUUUAAUGGUUAUCGUGUGUCUGGUACUUCCAAUUUACACACAUCACAAUCUGUCAGAAACAGAAUUAAUUGAAAAACCUCAUAUUUUCUGACAGGUUUAGAUUAUUUUAACUUCCAUUCUAUCUCAGGAUUUUAGCUUUUAUGGAAUAGUUCUCAAAUUAAAAUUAUUUUGAUGUAAUUACAUGCAGACCCUUUUCAACCAACCAAUUACUGUGACACAUAUUUUGGCAUCAAAAUUGUCAAAAAUUGGUGCUUCAUGAUAUGCAGAUAGAGACAGGUUAUUCAUAUUUUUAAUUACAGAUUUACAAAAAUAAUAGAAAUAGAAAAAGUGGUUCAAAGGGGUUUAGAAACAGUGGACAGGGGUGUGAAAUCUCAGCUUUAAAACUGAUUUCAGUUUUUUUUUUUUGGUUUCCAGCUUUUUCCCCCUCAAUUGCUGUGUACAAAAAUAUAGGAGAUUUCCAAAGUUAUUUUUAUCAGUGGUCACUCACACCCCUGAGUGGAUCAAACAGAUUGUUCAAUUUCUUCAAGACUUUGGACAGAAACAUUUUUUCUUUGUCCCAUUUAAACCACCCCUUUCAGUCUGUGACGUUUUCAGCAAAAUAAUACAUAUCUGCCCACCCCUGCAGACACAAAUAUGAUUAGUUUCAUCAUGGCUCAAUGGUGGGCAAGCCGUGUUAAUACGGAUGUACAAUUUGUUUGAGAACCAACUUAUAGCAGCUGACAAGGUUUUGGUUAAACUGACUACACCACCUAUUUUCGUUUCUAAUUCCUUUUGCAUGUCUACACGUUUCCCCAUUGUUUUAAAAAAAAAAAUGAUUUGAAGCCUCCAAAACUUAAAUCUUUCCUCGGCACUAACUUUUUAACGAAAUAAAUGUUCUAGAAUUACGCAGGUUCUUGUUAGUGGUGGGAUUUAAUUUUGGAGUUAAUUUUGAAUUUCACCAUUCGGUUUAGAUAUUGGAAACUGGAUAUUCGAAAACAAACUUUUAAAAAAGUAAAUCUUCCAUUUUUGGUGACCCAGGCUAAAGAAAACACCUGGAACAUCCCCAGAAUUUGCUCCAUGGUCUCUGAUUGUAACUGCGUUCACUUGCUAGUGGUCUUCUUGGUGUAUGAAUAGCCUGCCCUUUCGACUUAUCAGCGAGUUCCCACCCAUUUUGUCAACAUUACAGCUCUGAACUAUUUUUGUAAAGGCCGAAUGGUCAUUGAAUCCUGCAAACUAUACCCAGUCAUUGGGAGGGCAUUGCAUGUGGCACCUCACUUGUCACUUUUUGUUGGCAUGACUGUGAGUGGAUGGGAACUUCCUGUGAAAUCGGAUAACAGUCGUUCGGUUUGAAAAAAAAUUAGCAUAACCAGAUUUUGAAAUCUCUGAUUUCUCCCUCCACUAGUUCUUGUACCUAUCGGUGCUCCAUAACGAUUGAGUAAAAUGCACAGUUAAAACAAAUCGUUUUGAUCAUAAACCAUUUUAUUAUUUUAUAUAAAAGCAGUUGAUUCGGGAAUGUGAAAUACAAGUAAUGGACCCUGUAUACAAAUUCCAUGGGCAAAUAAAUAUAUCACAAAAUACGAAAUAACUGUC